GUGACGCGGGGUGGCGACUGGCUCCCGUGUCUGAGGGGCUCCUGCUUGUCAGGUUCUAGUGUGCAGUUCUGACUCCUUGAACUUCUUCUUCCAGCUCAUGUUUUCUGACUAGACCUAUGAUCAUACCUGUGAGAAUUCACUGAAAGUUUUAUCAAGUGUCUUCCUCAUCCCUGAUGUGUAAUCCUUCAACAUGGACCUGCUACUUUAGCUAAGAUAUGACCAGCAAUGAAUAGUAGUAAGGCAGCUUGAUAUUUUGUUCAAAAAGAGUCACCUUCUGACUUCUGCCAGUAUUAAAGCUAUAAAAGAUAUGUGCUGAUUAGAAGGUUCACCUGUGCAGUGUGGAGAAUAAGACAGUGCCUUACAAAAAUGGGGUUUGGGAGUGACCUGAAGAAUUCACAUGAAGCUGUCUUAAAAUUGCAAGACUGGGAAUUACGGUUGCUGGAAACAGUAAAGAAAUUUAUGGCCCUGAGGAUAAAAAGUGAUAAAGAAUACGCAUCUACUUUACAGAACCUUUGUAAUCAAGUUGAUAAGGAAAGUACUAUCCAAAUGAAUUAUGUCAGCAAUGUAUCCAAGUCUUGGCUACUUAUGAUUCAUCAGACGGAACAACUUAGUAGGAUAAUGAAGACACAUGCAGAGGACCUAAAUUCCGGACCCUUGCACAGGCUCACCAUGAUGAUCAAAGACAAGCAGCAGGUGAAGAAAAGUUAUAUAAGUGUUCAUCAGCAGAUAGAGGCAGAGAUGAUCAAGGUUACAAAGACAGAAUUAGAGAAAUUAAAAUCCAGCUAUAGACAAUUAAUAAAAGAAAUGAAUUCUGCCAAAGAGAAAUAUAAAGAAGCUUUAGCUAAAGGGAAAGAAACUGAAAAGGCCAAGGAACGUUAUGACAAAGCCACCAUGAAACUUCAUAUGUUGCAUAAUCAGUAUGUGUUGGCAUUGAAAGGGGCACAGCUUCAUCAGAGUCAGUAUUAUGACACCACACUUCCUCUGCUUCUGGACUCCUUACAAAAGAUGCAGGAAGAAAUGAUAAAAGCACUAAAAGGCAUAUUUGAUGAAUACAGCCAGAUAACUAGUCUUGUUACUGAGGAAAUCGUAAAUGUCCAUAAAGAGAUUCAAAUGUCGGUUGAACAGAUAGACCCUAGCACAGAGUACAAUAAUUUUAUAGAUGUUCACAGAACUUCAGCUGCUAAAGAGCAAGAAAUUGAGUUUGAUACUUCCUUACUAGAAGAAAAUGAAAAUCUUCAGGCAAAUGAGAUUAUGUGGAAUAAUUUAACAGCAGAAAGUUUGCAAGUAAUGGUGAAAACUUUAGCAGAGGAACUUAUGCAGACACAGCAAAUGCUUCUAAACAAGGAGGAAGCUGUCCUGGAGCUAGAGAAAAGAAUUGAGGAAUCUUCUAAAACCUGUGAAAAGAAGUCUGAUAUUGUGCUUCUGAUAAGCCAAAAACAGACACUUGAAGAGCUGAAACAGUCAGUGCAGCAGCUGAGGUGCACAGAGGCAAAGUUUACAGCACAGAAAGAAUUGCUAGAGCAAAAAGUGCAAGAAAAUGAUGGAAAAGAGCCUCCUCCAGUAAUAAAUUAUGAAGAAGAUGCACGAUCAGUUACAUCUAUGGAAAGGAAGGAAAGGCUCUCCAAAUUUGAGUCUAUUCGUCAUUCAAUUGCUGGAAUAAUUAGGUCUCCAAAAUCUGCAUUGGGCUCUUCAACAUUCUGUGAUACGCCUCCCAUAAGUGAGAAGCCUCUGGCGGAACAGGAAUGGUACCAUGGCGCGAUUCCCAGAAUAGAAGCCCAGGAUCUGUUAAAACAACAAGGGGACUUCUUGGUGCGAGAGAGCCAUGGGAAACCUGGUGAAUAUGUCCUUUCUGUAUAUUCUGAUGGACAAAGGAGACACUUUAUCAUACAAUGUGUUGAUAACAUGUAUCGAUUUGAAGGCACUGGUUUUUCAAACAUUCCUCAACUUAUAGAUCAUCACUAUACAACAAAACAGGUCAUCACUAAGAAAUCAGGUGUAGUGCUGCUGAAUCCUAUUCCUAAGGAUAAGAAAUGGGUUCUCAAUCAUGAAGAUGUCACAUUGGGAGAAUUACUGGGCAAGGGAAAUUUUGGUGAAGUAUAUAAGGGCGUAUUAAAGGAUAAAACUGCUGUUGCUGUUAAAACAUGUAAAGAAGAUCUUCCUCAGGAACUGAAAAUAAAGUUUUUACAAGAAGCCAAAAUUCUCAAGCAGUAUGAUCACCCCAACAUUGUCAAGCUUAUCGGCGUCUGCACACAGAGACAACCCAUCUACAUCAUUAUGGAACUGAUUCCAGGCGGUGAUUUCCUUUCCUAUCUAAGAAGAAAGAAAGAUGAAAUAAAAACCAAACAAUUAGUGAAAUUUUCAUUAGAUGCUGCUUCUGGUAUGUCGUAUCUCGAGAGUAAAAACUGUAUACACAGGGAUCUUGCUGCAAGAAACUGCCUGGUAGGUGAAAAUAAUGUUCUGAAAAUCAGCGACUUUGGAAUGUCUCGUCAAGAGGAUGGUGGAGUGUAUUCAUCUUCUGGGUUAAAGCAGAUUCCCAUUAAAUGGACAGCACCAGAAGCUCUUAACUAUGGGAGAUACAGUUCGGAGAGUGACGUGUGGAGCUUUGGCAUCCUCCUCUGGGAGACCUUCAGUCUCGGGGUCUGCCCGUACCCUGGAAUGACAAAUCAGCAAGCGCGUGAGCAGGUGGAAAGAGGAUACCGGAUGUCAGCCCCUCAGCACUGUCCGGAGGAAAUCUUUAAACUUAUGAUGAAGUGUUGGGAUUAUAAACCUGAAAACCGCCCCAAAUUCAGUGACCUUCAGAAAGAGCUCACUGUCAUCAAGAAGAAGAUCACAUAGUGAUGGGACAGUGCCAAACACAGCCUUUGGGACUCGGUCCUCCAGCAGAAUAAUACUGUUCUUCGCAUUAACAAUAAGUUUAUACCACGUUACCUGCAACAGUCUGCUAAGGUUAUAUUUUUUAUUAACUGUUUUUUUAAAUAAGUGCCACUUUUUAAAAAAGGCAAAGGCAAAUGCAUUCAAGAAACAGACAGUUCUACCAAGGGCUUUAUUAGCUCACCGCAGCAAUCCUGCCAUUUCAGGCCACUGUAAAUAGAAAAAGCACAGGCUCUAAUGUGAGGGAGAACAGCUCUUUUUCCCACCAAGACCAUGAUGCUUGUCAAGCUUUUCUACGUCAGCAGCACCUUUCACAGCUGCUGUCCUGUGCCUCAGACCCGACUCACUCGGUGCUGUAACUGCCGUGGCAAUGCCAUGUUUGCAGGACACCUGCCAGCUGAAACUGGCUCUCCGCUCUGCCAAGGCAAGUCUAUAUUUGUAAACACCCCUUUGUAUUGGGAAUUAUUUGGCCCUCCUAGGGGUUUUCUUUAUUGCCAGAAAUAAGUGCAGUGUAAGAAUCAUCACACUCCUGCAUUCUUAGUGAGGUGGUUGUUUCCCUCCUCUGUUUGGGCAUCAGAAAGCUGUGCAUGAGAUGCCUCAGACUGCACACGCUAGCGCUGCUGCCGCAGCUUUUAAGGGUGUGUUAGAGAGCUGCGGCAGGGGCGGGGCUGGAGGAGAGGAGGUCAGAGAGGAGAAGGAAAACAUCACGUGUCUUCCUAAGUUAUGCCUUUGCAAGCAUACACACGCAUCUUUUUUAUUUUAUGGUUUGGAUUCACGAAACAGGCUCUAAGAAAUGCUUUUCAGGAGUUCAUAGAAAAAGCCUACUUAAUGGCAACAAAAAAUUCUUUUAGAGAAACUGCAAAGCACAAGUCCACAGAACCAACAGCAUACACUUGGUGAAGUACCUUCACCUCAGAGGGGGCAUCGCAGAACUAACGCCCUUUGCUGGUACCAGUCUGCCGAGCUGUCAGAUUUCCGCGACCCCAGUUCAGAAACAACGGGCACCUGAGCGCGCACACCACCGCGAAGCAAGGCAGGUGGGAAGGGAGUAAAUAGUUAAGAAGAUAAAUGGACACUACUGAGGAAAAGCUAUAAGACAGCUCUCCUAUUUCCACUUUCCCCCUUUGUUACCCUUCCACUGCUACCAGGAAAUUCUCAUCCUUGGCCGACAGGUGUGCAAGCACCGUUCUGGAGAUGCUUCAUAUGAAUACGCAACAGUCAGAUCUAGGAUUCUGUUGAGCUAAAUCUUUGCUGCGUCCAGGGAGCUUACCACAUGUUCUGUAUAUAGUUGCCUCUCAGGAUAAAUGUGUGUGGAAGAGAUGGUCAUGCUCAGGGGUAAAUGUGCCUUGGGAGCUUUUAAUAAGUGCUCAGGCGUGUGUCCAGAUAAAUAGCACCUUAGUGAUUAUUUGGGUCUUUGUUUCUUGAAAGAGCUUACAGGAUAGAAAACUCCUCCUGCCCUCUGCAGCUGUGUGCUGCCUGUGAAUAUCAUUGCACAGGACUCACACUCAGUUCUCCGAAAAGCAGAAAGGAUAACACUGAAGAGAAAAAUAGCUUGUGUCUAUCAUUUCAAUCUCCUUGAAAGUUUUGUACACAUUAAUGAUUACUACACUCAGACUAAAUUGAAAGCAUAAUAAACAUGCCCUCAAAAACAUACUGCAAUAUUCAAAGCAAUUUUUUUAAUCAGCACUGUUUUCAUUUCUGUCAAAUAUUGUAAAUAAAUGGAACUUUCUUUUGAUGGCAUAUACUGUGGUAAAUCAGAGCACAGUCUCAUG